AUGAUAGCCACGUUGUCCAGAUGCACAAACUCUUGUAAAAACAGCGUAGCAAGUUCAGCACACGAGAAGGAAAUAGCGAUUUACUUCUGCAGUAUAGCUUGCCGUCGUGUCAUAAAUAAUCUGAAGGAAGCCUCUGGAGGUCGCGACAUGGACAUCAAAUUGGUCACUUCUAUUGCUAAGACUGUAUGCAGAAACGGAGGAUUGCCACAGCAGCACCCAACUGAUAUUUAA